AUGAAAAUUAUUAUUAAAACAUUAAGCGGAUAAAACUUUCCUUUAGAUGUGGAAGGAUCAGACACAAUUUCAGAUGUGAAAGAAAAGAUCUUUUAAGUGAAAUAAUUUGAAGUUGGUCAACAAAAAUUAUUAAGAAAAGGUACACUCUUAGAUGAUAAAACCACUAUUGCAGAAUUGGGAAUUUAAGAAAACGAAUUUUUAGUAGUCAUGGUUAAUGCCAAAAAAUCAGCACCUCAGUAGCCAUAACCAGCCUAACAACCACCUGCCUAAUAGCCUGUUUAAUAACAGCCAGCUUAAUAACCUGCUUAAUAAUUACCCCCACAAUAAUAGCCUCAACCUUAAGUUGCUCCAGUUGCUAAACCAGCUGGAUCUGGAACAGGAUUGCUAUCCGGUCCAGAGUAUGACAAAGCUAUCGAGUAGUUAAUGUCUAUGGGAUUCCAAAGAGAGGAAUGCGUAAAUGCUAUGAAGGCAGCAUUCAAUAACCCUGAUAGAGCUGUUGAAUACUUAUUAAAUGGCAUUCCUCCUGGUGUUACAUCACAUCCUCCUGCUCCAGUUGCUAGCGGAUAAGGAUAACCACCUGCAGCACAAUAGCCAGUUGGUUAGCCAAAUUAAAUCUAAUAACUCAGAUAGUUGUACUAAUAGAAUCCAUAAGCCGUUCUCUAAUUAUUACCUUAAUUGUUGCAACAAAUUUAAUAGACAAAUCCAGAGUUACACGCUUAAGUUUCAUAAAACCCUGAAAUGUUAUUACAAAUGCUUAUGGGUGCAGGAUAAUAAUAGGGCCCCCCUCCAGGAUCUAUCUAAUUGACUUAAUAAGAAUUUAAAGAUAUUGAAACUAUUAUGUAACUCGGUUUUACUAAAUAAGACUCUUUAGAAGGUUAUAUAGCAUGUGAUAAAAAUGUGGAAAUGGCAAUUAACUAUUUAUUUGAGAAACAAGCAAAUGGAGAUCUUUUUACCUAACAUGUUCAAAGAGAACAAGCUAAUCCCCCUAAUCAACAACCACCUGGCGGAAAUGACGGACCAAUGGAUGAAGAAGAUGACGAUGAUGUUUAUUAAUGAUAUAUUAUUAUUCAUAAUAUUAAUUUCAAUACAUCCAUUGA